AUGUCCUGCCGCUCCUACGGCAUCAACUCCAGCCGCACCGCUCGGAAUUUCAGCUCGUCCUCCACCGCUCUGCCCCGACCUCGACGUGGCUUCAGCAGUGCCUCGUGGCACUGGGGUGGUGGCGCGGACCCCCGCGGGCUGGGUUACUUCAGCACCAGGAGUCUCAAUGGCGCGGCAUCCUCCAGACCCAGGAUAGCUGUUGGAAGAUGUCCUCCUCUGAGAUGUGGAUAUGGCUUUGGUGCAGCCAGCAUGGGAUUUGGCUACCGAGGUGCUGGCUUUGGCUACAAGGUCAGUGGAGUCUCCAGGCCGCACUCCAUCACACCCAUCACCAUUAAUGAGCAACUGCUGCAGCCACUCAAAUUGGAAUUUGAUCCCAACAUGCAAACAGUGAAGUAUCAAGAGAAGGAGCAGAUCAAGACCCUCAACAACAAAUUUGCUUCUUUCAUUGACAAGGUUCGAUUACUGGAGCAACAGAAUGAGGUGCUGGAGACCAAGUGGAGCUUUCUGCAGGGUCAAAAACAAUGCAGGAAUAUCAUCAUGCCCAUGCUUGAGGCUUAUAUUGGUAACUCAAGGAAGCAGUUGGAAGCACUGGGGUGCAACCGAGUCCUGUUAGAAACAGACCUGAAAGCAGCGCAAGAGGCUUUGGAAACCAACAAGAAAAUGUAUGAAGAUGAAUGCAGCCAGCGGAUCUGCGCUGAGAAAGAGUUUAUUGCCCUGAAGAAGGACGCGGACUGUUUUUUCUUAAACAAAGCAGAGCUGGAGGCCAAGGUGGAAAGCCUGAAAGAAGAGGUUGACUUUCUGAGAAUGCUCUACGAAGAGGAAACCCACCAGCUGCAGACUCAGAUCUCAGAUACUCAGGUGGUUGUACAGAUGGACAACAGCCGAGAUCUCAACUUGGACAGCAUCAUUGCUGAUGUCAAGACUCAGUACGAGGACACUGCCUGCAGGAGCCGGGCAGAAGCAGAAGCCUGGUACAAAAGCAAGUUUGAGGAGCUCCGAGUCACUGCAGGCAGAAAUGCUGAUAGCCUGCGAAAGACGAAAAAAGAAAUAACUGAGCUGACACGGAUAAUCCAGAAAAUGAACGGAGAAGUCAGGAGUGCCAAGGACCAGCGCUGCAAACUGGAAACUGCCGUGGCCAAUGCUGAGCAGUGUGGGGAAACAUCCAUCAAGGAUGCAAAGUGCAAACUCUCUGAGCUGGAGAUAGCUCUGCAGCAAACCAAGGCAGACCUGGCCCGGCAGCUGCGCGAGUACCAGGAGCUGAUGAAUGUCAAGCUGGCCCUGGACAUCGAGAUCACGACCUACAGGAAGCUGCUGGAGGGAGAGGAGAGCAGGUGA